UCAGAGGUGGAUGAUGAAGGAAGACCACCAGCAAAGGUGAGUUUUGAGCUCGAAAUCAGCGAGAGGACACUCGUUGAUCAAGACAGUGACAGCCAAACUGAGGGCUCUCGCAAAGGCGAAAUGGAUGUAGAAGAACAAGAUGAAUCGGUUGCCACAAUAAAACGUUCUGAAGCCGAAACAGAAGCACAAGCAGAUCUCGAUGAAGUUGCAGCGACAUCAGAAGAUGACUCUUUCGUCAAGAUACCAUUGUUCGGACGACCAUCUGAUGCUGAGUUGGGGCAAGAAGGAGAGUUGGACCUCCAUCUGACUGAAUUUAUGACGUCGUGCAAAGCGCCGCCACCGCUGGAGGCAGUCCCUACUGAUUGGGAUACAUUGAGCGACAUAAAGAGCUUAUUGGACGGCUUUUCUCAAAAGCAAGGCGUGUUCGAUAAGUUCGUUGCUGAAGUCCGAGAACACGGAGACAAUAGUGAA